GUGGAAGUGGAGCAGAAAGUUUCUUACUGAGCUGAAAACUUCUGAAUGAGGAGAAACAAAUGAACAUGAUAUUUAAAUGUUGGAUCCUGGGUUUGACCCUGAUGAUGAUCUGCUCAGAAACUUCUCUCAGUUUAGCAGAGGGUUUGCAGUCAACACAGAGUUAUAAUUACACCAAGUAUCACUCCAUGGAUGAGAUUUACAGGUGGAUGGAGGAGGUGGAGCGUGCAAACCCAGAGCUGGUCUCCUCUGCUGUCUAUGGACACACCUAUGAAGGAAGAAACAUCACACUGCUGAAGCUGGGACUGGGAAAUGCCGAGGACCAACAGAAGAAGCUGAUAUGGAUGGACUGUGGUAUUCACGCUCGAGAGUGGAUCGCUCCGGCCUUCUGCCAGUGGUUUGUUAAAGAGAUUGUGGAUUCAUAUAAAACCAAUAAGAAGCUGGAGCAGAUGCUGCAGAACCUGGACAUCUUUGUUACUCCUGUGAUCAACGUGGAUGGAUAUUUAUUCACCUGGGCCAAUGACAGUACUCGGCUCUGGAGGAAGUCCCGUUCCCCCCCUCCUGAGGGAAGUAACUGUUAUGGUGUGGACCUUAACAGGAAUUUUAAUGCCAACUGGGGAAUGGUUGGUGCGUCAUUCAACAGUUGUGCACUCACAUACUGUGGGAGGUCUGCAGGGUCCGAGCCAGAGGCUACAGCUGUGAUGGACUUCGUUGGUGGGAUGAUUGACCAGACUCUGUGUUUCCUCACCAUCCACUCGGCUGGGCAGCUCAUUCUCAUGCCCUACGGCCACCCGGAGAUCUCUGCACCCAACCACAAUGAACUGGUCUCAGUCGGCAAGGCAGCAGCAGCAGAGAUGGAGAAGAUUCAUGGAAUGACGUACACUGUUGGAACAUCUCCACAAAUACUGUAUCCGAACUCAGGUUCAAGUCGUGACUGGGCUCGUCUCAUGGGCAUCCCCUUCUCAUACACCUUCGAGCUGAGGGACAAAGGCGAGUUCAGCCACCUGCUACCGGAGGAGCAGAUACAGCCGGCCUGUGAGGAGGCGUACGCAGGAGCUCUCUCCAUCAUCACAUAUGUUCACGACAAGACUUUCCCCGACUCCGUCCCCCCCAACGCUGCUGUCACCUCGGUGUCUGGGUUUGCUGUGAUGAUUCUGAGCACCAUUAUGUCUGUGUUACUCACUGCAGGGGUCUCAGAGUAAG